AUGAGCCCCGGGGGCGCGGGCUGCUCCCACAGGCUGCUGCUGACGGUCGGCUGGCUGCUCCUGGCGGGCCUCCACUCCGCGUGUGGGACGAACGUCACCGCCGCCCAGGGUCCUGGCCUGGUCCACGAGGGCGAGAGCGAGGGCGAGGAGGAGGCCGAGAGCGAGAGCGAGAGCGAGAGCGAGAGCGAGGCGGAGAACGAAGCCCAGUCUGCGACUGAGGAGGAUGCUUCAAAUCAGACAGUAGUCAAAGAAGUAGAAUUUGGGAUGUGCACCGUUACAUGUGGUGUUGGUAUUAGAGAAGUUAUACUAACAAAUGGAUGCCCUGGAGGUGAAUCCAAGUGCAUUGUACGAGUGGAAGAAUGCCGUGGACCCGUAGAUUGUGGCUGGGGUAGACCAGUUACAGAAAGUCUUGACAGUGUUAGACUGGCAUGUGUUCAUAUAUCUCCUGUAAAUCGUUUCAAAUAUGUUUGGAAACUUCUAAGGCCAGACCAACAACCCAUUAUCCUUGCAAAUGAUUCAGCAAUCCUGGAAGUACGCAGGGAAGUUCACCCCUUGAUUUUUGAGUGUGCCACCUUGGAUAAUAAUGAAAUAAUAGCAACAGUUAAAUUCACAGUCUAUACAACAAGUGAAUUGCAAAUGAAAAGAUCAGCUCGACCAGACACUGAUGCAGUCCUAGUUUUUGUGCUGACCAUAGGAGUUGUUAUCUGUAUAUUCGUGAUCUUUAUACUGAUCUUCAUAAUUAUAAACUGGGGGGCAGUCAAGUCUUUCUGGGGGGAGAAAGCCUCAACAACUGAGAUACAGUCUGAACUGAGUUCAAUGAGAUACAAAGAUUCAACUUCUCUUGACCAGUCACCAACAGAAAUACCUGGAAAUGAAGAUGAUGCUUUAAGUGAAUGGAAUGAAUGA